AGUUCAUUCGGUGUGUGUACAGUGUUCGUACGUGAAGUCUGAAAAUACAUUUAGUGAUUUAUUGAAUAAUGAGUGAUACCAAAUACUGGGCAUCUUUGAACGAAAUGUUACAAAAAGAUGAAAUCGAAUUUGACCAGCCAACCAAAUCAUCGGCGUUGCCAUUGAAUUUAAUUUUCAAAAGCCGUGAAUCAAUAAAAAAAGGUGUUGAAUUUGCAUUGAAAAAUUUCAAUGAGAUCGCAAAGUUGGAAUAUGAGUUUAACGACGGCCAGCCGGCUAAAGCAACGAUCAAGCACUUACAGUGGGCAAAAGUGUACAUUGAGAGCAAAAAAAGUGUUUUAAAGCCUACAAGUGUUUCAGUUGUAAAUGCUCAAUCGAUAGUUUCGGUUGGACAAUUUUUGCUCGAUUGUCAUUAUGUAGCAACACAAAGCAGUUUAUCUGAGUUCAAAAUCCAAACGGAUACCAAACGAAAAACACUGAUCACAUAUUUGUUUGGAAAUGAGUUUAUUGAAGAAGUGAACACGACAUCGGCUCCAUUGCCAAAUGAAUUCAAACUGGUUGACACCUCAUCCACACAAAUCAUAUUCGAGUCUGGAGACGUUACAUCUGCUCUUGAUGAGUUGAUAAUGAAUGUUUACGAUCGUACUUUGUCACCAUGGCGAAUUAGAUCAGUUUAUAUUGAAGAAACAUUGAAGAAUUCAAUUUGGGAUUUGCUUAAAAGUGCAGCUAAUAACAUAAUUGGCCCAAAAUUAACCGAAGAAAAUAUGAAAAAUUGCGAAGAAUUAACCAAACGGUUCGGCGGAAAGUUUGUCAAUGGCUUCUUGCUUGAUGUUCCAACAAAAUAUUUACCACAACCAACGAAACAGACAGAUUUUAAUCAAAUUCCCGUGGUUAUUAACUUUUUCCGAACAACCAAAGAAGCCAUUCAACUGGUAAAUGCUGAUGUUCAACCGGACGUAAAGCAUAUCACAUCAAUUUGGACUGGAAAUAUCGAGAUUUACUACGAAUUAGCAGCUGAACUCAACGCUGAAGUCAUUUGGAGCAACUCUAUUGCAGUGUUUGAUGAUGCUAUACCUUCUCUUACUUCUACCGAGUCUCUUUUGGACUCGGAACAAAUCUCCAGUGCAACGUCAACGAUCAACACCAAAGGAAAAUACGCCGUUCAUGUGCUUCAGACUGCAAACAAGACUCCGAAAUAUCUCUACAUUCCGUUUGGCAAAACAUUCGCAAAUUGAUUUUUUUUAUACUUCAAAUGUCGCGAAUAAAUGCAAAAUGAAACAAUAGAAAA